UUUCCCUUCAUUUUUUGUUUUUGUUUUCGAGUUUCGCUUCAUUUUAAAUUGUGUGGCAGCCGAUUGGCCCUGUGUGGGGGUGUGUUUGUGGGAUUGGAACAGUACUUGACCCGAGUUGUGCGGUGUGCGUGUGAUGGUUAUGUUUGGACCCUGCGGGUGGCCGGAAACGGCGUGGGGGUGGUUUGUUUUGCUAAGGCUGUGAGCGUGGUGGUCUUUGGUGUGGUGUGUUUAGGCUAUGAGGUGAUGGGUGGGAGUGAUUUUGUGUGUGUUGCUGUUUCUGGGUUGUUUUUGGGUUUUUGGUGAUGGGGUGUUGUAUGGCUCGAGUAUUUGGUUUCAUGGUGCCUUGAGGUAUCUUUUCACAUGGUUGGCCGGGAGUGGUGUUUUGUGGAUGUUUGGGUAUUCGCGCGCGUGUGUUGUGUGUGUGUGUGUGUGUGUGUGUGAGAGAGAGAGAGAGAGAGAGAGAGAGAGAGAGAUUCAAAUUAAGAAGGAAAGGGGGUAGACGUUCAGAACAAAGCUUAUUUGAACCUCAUAAAUGAAGCUCUUGGAGCCAUUUUAAACCAGCAUGUGUGUGUUUGGGAUGAUAAUGUGCUUAUAAAACUGUAAAUUGUUCUUUCUAUUGAUUCUAGUUGCUAAUAAUGUCGUUCCUUUGUUUCAAGUGCCUUGAUAAUGGGAUCAGUGAGAUGGAAAUUUAUAGUCUUUCCAUGGGAGGAGAUUCUGUACAAUAUUUAUGGAAUAUCAUAUGAAUGACUUUAGACCAAUUCUGAGCAGUUUUGGAGCUGAAUCUCAAGGUGGAUGUGAAGUGGAUCUGAAUAUUCCCACAACAAUCAUGGAUUCUAAUGUCAUCAUGGACAAUACGAUUAUAGAGCCUCGUGAUGACAUGGAAUUUGAUUCUCAUGAAGCCGCAUAUUCGUUUUACAAAGAAUAUGCAAAGUCUGCAGGGUUUGGCACUGCCAAAUUGAGCAGUCGUCGGUCUAGGGCGUCAAGGGAAUUUAUUGAUGCAAAAUUUUCAUGCAUAAGAUACGGGAAUAAGCAACAGUCUGAUGAUGCCAUCAAUCCUCGACCUUCUCCGAAAAUUGGUUGUAAAGCAAGCAUGCAUGUGAAAAGAAGACAAAAUGGAAAGUGGUAUAUAUAUAGUUUUGUGAAGGAGCAUAAUCACGAGCUCUUGCCUUCUCAGGUGCAUUUCUUUCGGAGUCACCGAAAUGUUGAUCCACUCAAGAGUGAUGUUCGAGUACGAAGACGGAAAAAUUUAGGUGCAGGGUCGAAGCUGUUCAGUGCCUAUCAGAAUGUUGAUUGUUUAGAGAGUUAUAUAAGAACUCAGAAUGAUAAAGGACGGAGUUUGGUUCUAGAACCGGGGGAUGCUCAAAUACUACUGGAACAUUUUAUGCAUAUGCAGGAAGAGAAUCCAAAGUUCUUCUAUGCAGUUGAUUUAAAUGAAGAGCAUCGACUGAGAAAUGUGUUUUGGGUGGAUGCCAAAGGCAUGGAAGAUUAUACUACCUUUUGUGAUGUGGUUACUUUUGACACCACAUAUUUCACAAACAAGUAUAAAAUGCCAUUGGUUUUUUUUAUUGGUGUCAACCAUCAUAUUCAACCCACAUUGCUUGGUUGUGCAUUGAUUGCAGAUGAGACAUUUUAUACUUUUGUUUGGUUAAUGCAAACAUGGUUUAUAGCAAUGGAGGAACGAGCUCCAAGGGUAAUACUCACUGACCAAAACAAUGCCAUAAAAGCAGCUAUUAAAGCAGUCUUUCCAGGUACACGUCAUUGUUAUUGUUUGUGGCAUGUAUUGGAAAAGAUCCCUAGACAGCUUGAUUUUUUGUGCAUGUGGAACGAUAUUUUUAUGCCAAAAUUCAAUAAAUGUAUCUGUAAGUCAUGGACAGAGGAAGAAUUUGAAAAGAGAUGGUGGAAAUUGCUCGACAGAUUCAAUCUUAGAGAGGUUGAAUGGGUUCAAACCUUGUAUGAGGAUCGCAAACAUUGGGUCCCUACUUUUAUGAAAGACAUCUCUUUUGCUGGGUUGUCUACAACUUUGCGCUCAGAAAGCUUAAGCUCUUGGUUUGACAAAUAUGUCCAAGGGGAGACUUCGUUGAGAGAGUUUAUAGAACGAUACAAGGUAAUUCUCGAAGAUAGGUUUGAAGAAGAAGCCAAAGCAAAUUUUGAUGCAUGGCAUGAAACGCCUGAGUUGAAGUCUCCAUCACCAUUUGAAAAACAGAUGUCACUAGUGUAUACGCAUGAAAUUUUCAAGAAAUUCCAAGUUGAGGUUUUGGGAGUAGCUGCUUGUCAUCUUAAGAAAGAAAAUGAAGAUGAGAUGAAGACAACAUACACUGUUAAAGACUUUGAAGAUAAUCAGAAUUAUAUAGUAGAAUGGAAUGAAUCAAAAUCAGAUAUAUAUUGUUCAUGCCGCUCAUUUGAAUAUAAAGGUUAUCUCUGCAGACAUACUAUUGUAGUUCUCCAAAUGUCUGGUGUUUUCAGCAUCCCGUCUAAAUAUGUAUUGCAGCGAUGGACUAAUGCUGCAAGAAGCAGGCAUACCAUUGGCGAAAGAUUGGAUGAGGUGCAGUCUAAGGUCCGUCGUUACAAUGAUUUAUGUCGACGAGCCAUAAUAUUGGGUGAAGAAGGUUCACUGUCUCAAGAGAGUUACAAUCUUGCUCUCUGUGCCAUAAGAGAAGCUUUGAAGCAUUGCACAACUGUGAAUAACUCAGGAGAGAACGAUUCAAGAACUAUGACCUCGGCAACUCAUCCUGUUUGUGGUGUUGAAGUAAAUCAAUCCAUCAAUGCGUCUAAUGAGGUGAUGCCUGAUCCUAAGGUGACUUAUGCAAACAAGGCUCCUAGGAGAGCUGGAGCUGGGAAGGAAGUGGCAAGUAACAGAAAUAGUUCAACCAAUAAAGGAAAGGUACCCCAGAUAGAAGCUGCGAGUCUGGGCAUACAAGAUGGCUUUCACCAAAUGGAAAUGCCUAACAUGAGGCCCGCACAGUUACAUAGCCCGGUGCCGACCCCAUUUCAAAUCAUGGUGCCUACAAUGUUUCAAAAUGUCAAUUCAACACAGUUCAAUAAUGUAGCUUCAACAAAUUUGCACGAAAAUCAUCUCCCUCGGUAGCUUGAUUUUUAGCUUCUGUUGUAAAGAUUACUUACACAUUUAACUGCUUUAAGGACUGUAACAAAAGCACUUGUUAACAUGUUAGCUGUUGCCAACUGUUGUCCAAGGUAUGAAAAAGUAGAAUUCUGUUGUCCAGUUCAGAAUUUCUCUUGUAAAAUUCUGUUGUUGGGGAUCCCAUUGCUGUGUCCAGUUCAUUAAAAUUCUGUUGUCCAACUGUUGUAAAGAUUACGUGCACAUUAACUGCUCGAUUUCUCUUGUAAUAAAACUAGUAAUAUAAGGCAAGCCUUUGUCAUGAAUUAUACAUUUUGCUUGCUUGUUAUUUGCUUAUUGGAUUCCAUUCAUUUAUAUUUA